AUGUCUCUAAGCAUCUCCCACGGACUACGCAAACCAACGAACUUCAAUUCCCUCCCAGCAGAGCUUAAAAACCAGAUCUUUAACAGCCUCCUGGCUCCUCGCGUGGUCAAAAUAUUUUGGUCCUAUUUCACCAAAACUUUCUACACCAACGCAAGAUUCCCUUCAGCACUCCAUCUCUGUCACGAUUCUCGCUCUCUAGCUUUAGCACACUACACCCUAUCGUUCGGUCUUACACCCGAGAAAUCACGUAUCUACUUCUCUUACACCCACGACACGGCUGAUUUUCAAUGGACGUAUCUAGCCAAUUACUCUGGUCUUGGCGUUCACUACGAGGUUCUACGCACGAAAUUAGGAGCUCAAGAUUACGCUGGCUUAAGCAGGAUCACGAUGAAAGAGCGGGAGUUGACGGGGAGAGCGACGGAUAGUUUUGUGGAUUUAAGAGGAUUUCGGAAUUUGAGUGAUGUGUUUGUGAUUUGUGAUAGGAGUGCUGCUCAGGUUGAUAAGAAUUGGUCGGUGGUAAUACUGCAGGAUUUGUGGAGGGGUCUGGAGGAUGAUGUUGAGAGGUGGGGGAGGGGGCCAGGGAGGUGGCCGAGACUUUGGUGUGAUAAAGUGGGCAACACUUCUAUCCGAAUGUUUGCAUGUUACGAGGACAGAUGA